AUGGUCUCGUGUGGCCGAUCGGCCCUAAGCGACGGCUUCCCUAAUCAGAUCGGUGUUGGCUUCUCGGAAAGUACAAUUAAUUUCUUCGAAAUUGAGGCCCUGCGCCCGAGCAUUGCUUCGUCGGCCCUCGUUAUGUUCGUCGUUCACAACCGGAUCGGUGUCACUGUGUGCGGCGAUAGAGAUAUACCGGGCACGCCCGUCCGAGGCGUCCUUUCACACUUAGACCCCUAUCCGGGCCGUUGCGUAAGCGACGAAAACAAAACAACGCCGCAAAUCGAAGGA